AUGAAGAAGAGGAAGGAACGUCGUUGCACUGGAGCCGAAAACACGACGCGACCCCGCAGCCGACGAUCCGUCUGCAACACUGCGACAUGGAGAGCAGCCAGCUACAGCAGCACCAGCAGCGUCGAAACAAGCGAUCCAGAACCGGAUGCCAAGUCUGUCGUUCCCGAAAGUUCCCAGGUCAAAUGUGACGAGCGUCCAAACGGCUGCGCCAACUGCGAGAGAGUGUCCGUAGAGUGCCCCGGCUAUGGGCGCCCGAUAGUUCGACGAUCUGAUACUCCGAGGGCGCGGCGAACGUACCGAUCUUGCGCAGAUUGUCGACUGAGAAGGGUCCGAUGCUCGGGUGAGCGACCAGCUUGCUCAAGAUGCAGGGACAAACAGCUUCAAUGCCACUAUCUGGACAAUUCUGAGCCGGCUUGGGCACAGCGUCUUGCAAGCACUCUCAAUCCGCCCGAAAUAACGAGUCCGGCAUCAACGGAGGAUGACCCCGAUAGCUCGCCGUUGAAUUGGUUGAGGUCCACUGACUUGCCGGAGAAAGCGAAAGUGGCAGUCCUGGUCAAUAACUACUUCGCUCACAUCCACCCGAUUCGAUGUUUCGCAUUCCUUCACCGGCCCUCUUUUCUACAGAGGGUUGAUCAGGAAUUGGCACCAGAAUCGAGCGCAGGAGCCUUGCUUCAUAUUAUCUGUGCCUUGGGUGCUCAGUUCUACGCCUUAGAAUGCAGUACGACUACCCAGAGACUGUCGUCGAAAUUCAUAUUACGAUCAGGCAGCCAAUGGGCCGAGAAGGCCUAUGGCAUGGUCCUCAAAGACCUGGACAAAAUAUCCGUGGAUAAUCUCAUGGCCUCGCAGCUCCUCUAUGACUAUGCUUUGCGGGUGGGCAACUUCACCCAAGCGUUCAUGCUAGGGGGUAUCACGGCACGCAUGGCUCAAGCGUUGCAAAUCAACCUUGAAUAUUCCACCGACGUGCUUUGCUUGGAACCUGGCCUGUCCAUAUCUGCGCGAGAAGCUCGUCGUCGCCUAAUGUGGAGUUGUUUUGUGACCGAUGCGCUUCUCGGAAGCGGAGUUGAUCAGCUCAUGUUGAUCGAGGAGAGAGACAUCAAGAUACAGCUCCCUUGCAACGAAAGUCGCUUUGCCCAAGAAGCUACUUGCGUUACGCGAACGCUCGAUGGUGCUGUCCUAGGGUUUCUUCCACCUGAGAUUGUCCCCGUCGCCCCGGACGAGAAUAUGGGAAUCAUGGCUUCCUUCAUUCAACAUAUUCGCAUUCGCAAACAGGUCCUUCGCUACAUCAAGCACCUCGAUAAGGCCAUGUCACCGUGGCUCCCUAAUUCCGAGUUCGCUAUGCUAGACAAGGCCUGUUGGGAUUGGUACAAUUCCCUCCCAAAAAACUUGCAGUGGUCACCAUCCACAAUUUACGCACGAAAAGCUUCGUCCCAAUUAGGCGCGCUUGUUCUUCUUCAUUGCUCCCAUUACCAGACAUUGUGUGACUUAUAUCGACUUGGAGCGCCAGCGCUGUUUAAGCUGCGUUCGGCCAUCGAGUUUCCGCCGGAACAGAGCGAAUUUCUGCAGAAAAUGCGCCUCGACUUAUACGAACCAGCGAGAACCAUGGCGACGAUUAUCAGCGAAGCCGAAACUCACGGGCCGCAUGUCUUGUCCGAUACCUGGCUGCCGACCAUUACUUACGACAGCUCUCGCAUAAUGCUUUACUAUCUUACUCAGCUCAUUGAACCCCGCGAACAGAAAAGCAAGGACCUCGUAGUCCAAACUAUUCCUUAUCUCGAGAGCAAAAUUCGAGCCCUCAAAGCGAUGCAAUCUUUGAAUGCUGUCUCUGAGCGUCUCGCUCGGAAGUCGAAAUUGCAAACCCCGGACGAAACAUCGUUCCAGAUGACUUGUAUCCCUCAGAACCAGACGAAGCAGGGAGACAGAGCCCAACAGGAAUCCCGGCUCAGAGCGCACCUGACUACGUACUGA